AAUUCUUCUGCCCCUUCAACCUUUUCAGUCCACCAACACACCCCAACCCAAAGUCUCUCUGUCUCUCUCUGAGAAGAACCCUACAAAACCUUGACUCCGACUGACCCCAUUUCUCCGGCGAGAACCCGAACUCAACCCAUCAUCCCGAAUCUCCGAUCUGGCUCCGGGAACCCAUUUUCCGGCGGCUUCUUCGCCGGAAAAGCUUCGAUUUUUGUAGAGAAAUCGAAAGCAGAAUUCGUGUACAUACAUAGAUAUAUAGAGUGAGAGAGAGAGAGAGAGACGCGGAGAUGUACAAGAACCAGCUUCAAGAGCUGGCGCAGAGGAGCUGCUUCAACCUUCCUUCCUACACCUGCAUAAGGGAAGGUCCAGACCACGCGCCGCGCUUCAAGGCCAUCGUCAAUUUCAACGGCGAGUCCUUCUCCAGCCCCCACUACUUCUCCACCCUUCGCCAGGCCGAGCACGCCGCCGCCGAAGUCGCCCUCAACUCUCUCUCCAUCCGCGGCCCCUCUCACUCCCUCGCCGCUAGGAUCCUCGAUGAGACAGGUGUUUACAAGAACCUCCUACAGGAGAUUGCGCAGAGAGUUGGAUCCCCAUUGCCUCAGUACACAACUUUCAGGUCAGGACUUGGACACCAACCCAUCUUCACAGGGAUGGUAGAACUGGCUGGAAUUACAUUUACUGGGGAACAUGCCAAGAACAAAAAACAAGCUGAGAAAAAUGCAGCCAUGGCAGCUUGGACAUCUCUAAAACAAUUGGCACAACAAGAUGCAACUUCAUCAUCUGAAACAGAGAACAAUGAUGAGCUAGAACAAAUCAAAAUUGCACGAGCAUUAUUGAAUUAUCGUUUCAAGGAAAAGAUUAGAAUGGCCAAAUCCUACAACUCCAAUGCUCCAAUACCAUUCGAAAAGAAAUUUCCAAUUCAGAACCCAAGACCAUCAAGUCCACAACCUCGACCAGUGACCACAUCAAAAAUCCUCCCCUUAAUCUGCCAAAGGACUGCCCCUCGACACAGACCCACAUCUACAACAGCAAAUGACAACAGCCCCACACAGUCAUCAUCACAGCCUCUGGCACCCGAACUCCGUGUAAUCCGCCCUCAAAGGUUUCCUGCAGCUGGGGCCGCUCCUUAUGUUCCCAUUCGACAUUGCAGGACACCUUACCAGGGGAUUGCUCCGCCAGUUACAGUAAGAACCACCGUGCCAGUUUUCUCCGCACCACCACUCCCACAACCAUCUUUGUGCCCCUCACAAGUGAUGCAACCCCAACCCGUGCGAAUUGCUCCUUCUGUCUGUAUUAGGCAGGCUGUGCCGGUUUUCGCAGCUCCACCUGUUCGAAAAGAAGAGCCACCAACAGUUGCAGCUCAUGUAGAUGAAACUGAGAACAAGAGUGGCAAUGGCAACCCUCAAGGACCAGAGGUAGUAAGGCUCUUGGAACAGCUCAAGAUCUGAUGAUGGUUGUUGAGUAGGGAUUUGAAUCUUCAAGAACCAAUAUAUAUGGGUUUUGUAUUGAUUUUGGAUUUGUUUUGUUGUCGUCGCUGUUGCCGUCAUCAUUUUCUCUCAUCUUUUCAUAUAGUGUUCAUUGACAUA